GAUUUGUACUGUUAUACUGCUACAAUUUUCUCAACUUUCUUCUUCCUCCUUACACUUUGACAAAUCAGCUUACUCUCUCAACUUCCCUUUAUAAUAAUACUAAUAAUAAUUAAUUGUUCUUGAUAAUUAUUACCACAUUAUUAAUUUAUUAUUGCUUUCUUCAUCAUCUUAAUCUUAAAAAACAUAAUCUUUAUUAUCAUUCUUCUUUCAUAUCCUCCAUUACUUCCUUUGAAACUUCAAAUUUUCAUUUUUACCUCCUUUCUUCAAUCUCCCAUUUCCUCUCUAUAACUCUCAUAAAGAUUUGAACAUUGAAUUUGAAGUGGGUUUUGUCUUAUUGAUUGGCUCUGCUAUUGGGUUAAAAGACACAAUCUUUGGCCACUUAUGGCUUGAUUUGUUGCAAUUGGAACAUCAUUAUCAUCUCAAACAAUCUAAAGUUACCAGUUGACUCAAGUGUAGGCCUUAAUGGGCUGGUGAAUUGCUAAGAUUUUGAGCAUUUCUGGCUUUUGAAUAAAGUGAAGGCUUCAUGGGAGGCUUACUUCACCUUUUUGAUUUCCAUCAAGGAUCCAUGGGAAGAAAACAUAAGAAACAAGUGAGCUCCGAUGUGGCAGCUCCUCGCAACAGUUUGGAGAUGCCGGGUGAAACUUGCCGGAGCCAUUGUUCUGUCGGAAAGUAUGAAGAGAGUUUACCGAAAAGGAGCUACUAUCCUACUGAUGUCUCAAUGAAGAAGUUGAUAAGCAAGGAAACAUCUAAACAACAGAUUAACAAACACAAUGCUCCUAGUCUCGUUGCGAAACUGAUGGGGAUGGAUCUAUCGCCAGUAGAUGCAAAACCUGAAGUUCUAUCUCUACACGACAAAAACGAUGAUGAGAUCAAGUUUAUUGACAAGAAAAUUCAGCUGAUCGAAAAGAUCCCAGCUGUUCGAGCCCCUAGAAAGUCGAAGUCAUCUAUCAAAAAGGAGUUUCGUUCGUAUAAAGAUACAUAUUUGCGAUACUGGAGUAGUGGCACAAAUUCUGGAAAGCCAUGUCCUCGUGUACAUCCUCAAGAGAAAGAGCUUCAAAAGUUUAAAAAGGAUUUUGAAGCUUGGCAGGCAGCCAGAUUUCUCGAAUGUGCAAGGGUAGUUCAACUUGGGAACAUUCCUGAACAAUGGCUUGCUCAGUUGGAUCUUACAAAGGAAAAGAUGGCCCUUUACGAAACUUCUCGCAAAGAAUCUUUUGACAAAUCCGAUGGCCAUAAAAGGAACAUGUUAAAAUCAAGGUCCCUACAAGCAGCUAAUUUUGAACGUAAUGGAUACAAGGAUAUAUUACGAGCUAAGCACAAGGAAUCGUAUUCUUUCAGUGGUGUAAGCCCCGGUAGAGACUAUGAACAGCUGUAUUUGAAGGAUUCUGAUGUAAACUCUGAGAAAUCGUCUAGUCCCUCACGGAUAGUAAUCUUGAAGCCGGGUCCUGAUAGCUGUAGUACCAACGAUGAGUCGUGGGUUACUUCGUCUUGCUCAAUGGAUAAUAGAGAUUGUAUCGAAGAUCUUCUCGAGGAAGUGAGGGAGAGACUGAAAUAUGAAAUGCUAGGUAACACAUUUAAAAAGGGUUCGAUGGUUAGAGGAGGUGGGAUCGAGACUCCUUUUAAGGAAAAACCAGCACUAGUAAAAGAAACCCAUCAACAAUAUCAACCUGUUGGUAAAUAUGUGAAGGAACAUUCUCGUAGAGACUCGAGUAGGAAGUUGUUCCGAUCAGAGUCAGCAAGAUUUUAUCAAAAUGAAAGCCUAAUCAGUGAGCUGGCUCCAUCGUCCCCAGAGUACAUGAGCAGAGAAACGAAGAAAUUCUUGUCAGAGAGGCUGCGGAAUGUCUUAGAUGGAGAAAACCACCAGAAUCUUCGUGUCAGCUCCGACAGCUCUCCUAUGGAACCCUUGUAUGAUGAUGCCAGGGUGCGAUUAGAGAAAGCUCGGGAUAUCUUGAAUGCUGAACAUGGAAAGCACUGCUGGCGUGAUGGGAGCUCAAAUGUCGAUACACAAGCUGGGUCCUUUCGACGUGAGCUUUGGGAUGAUAGAAGUUUUCACGAACAGCCGUCUCCUAGGAGUCUGAUGCGGUCUUUAUCUGCGCCCGUGUCAGGAAUAUCAUUUGGGAAACUUCUUCUAGAAGACCGGUAUGUUCAAAAUGCGGCUCACAUCAAAACAAAACACGAGGCGUUUGAGAAUCUAUCGAUGAAUGUCAAAGAUCAUAGAAAAGAAAAAUUCAAUCUGCGAGAGCGGGUUAAUAGUCUCAAGCAUAGCCUGUCUCUUAGGAGGAGGUUGUUUAGCAAAAAACUCGAGGCGAUGGAAUUCUCCGAGAGCAAUGAAUUUGAUUCUGGUAUUGAUAUGAUGAAUGGACCCACAGUUAUAACAGGCUUCAAUGACAGGAAUGAAAACUCGACAGAGCUUCCACCAAGUCCUGCAUCCAUAUGCAGUACUCCUCGUGAAGAUUUUUGGAGGCCGAUUGACCAUCCUAGUCCAGUAUCAGUGUCAGAUGUGACCUCAGUAGAAGAUCAUAGUGUGGGCAAUGUUUUCAAGGAGAUCAGCUCCAAUCUUACAGAAUUGCGAAAAAAAUUGAACCAACUUGAUUAUGAAGGAUCAGAAAUCACUACUGUCACCGAGGAUCCUUCAGAAAUGGAGGUGAUUGAUCCUGAAGAUGAAACAGAAGUCUAUAUCAAGAAAUUGCUUGUUAUUUCAGGCCUGUAUGAUGGAUCAUGGGUCAAAUCCUUUUCGAGAUGGGAUCCGUAUGUGAGGCCCAUGGGCAAUUGGGUCUUUGAAAAGGUGGAAGAAUCAUAUCGAAAACCAACAAACGAAAAUGAAGCCUCAAGCCACGAGGACAGUAACUUGGAGCAUAAACUAUUAUUCGAUUUAUUGAAUGAGGCGCUCACAGUUGUACUUGGACCACCGAGAACAUUGUCCAAAUUCAGAAGGAAGCUAACUGAUUCGACCAUGCUGCCCCUUCCCCAGGGAAGAAAACUAUUGGAUCAAGUAUGGGAGAUGGUGCGCGAGAAUUUAAACCCGUCGAGCAACCUAUCCUAUUAUUCAUUCGAUGACUUAGUCGCUCAUGAUCUGCAUAAUAUGCCAUGGUCAAGUCUAUUGGAUGAAGAGAUGAGCGCCAUGGGUAAAGAGUUGGAAUUACAGAUUGCAGGGGAAUUAGUGGAAGAACUUAUGAUAAAUAUGCAGUUUUGAUCUGUCUUUGGAGGGGGCACGGGUAUGAUAUGUCCGCUACCUUCCUCCCCUCAGAACCUGACUUGUACGGGAUACUGGGUUGAUGACUAUAACUAUGACUAUGAUGAUGUACAGUACAGAAGCCACUGUUUUUACUCAUCGAGUAGAGUUGUUUAUAUGGAUGGAGUAUGGACACUCCAAAGUUGUGAUCUACACUUAUGUCAUACAAUAUUUGACUGUAGAUGUUGGUGAAUAGGUAGGAGAUUUAACCAAUGAAUGUAUAUUUUAUUUAUGAUGGAAACAGGAAAUGCUAAGAAUUAUGGGUGAAAUUCUGAAAUAAAAUGCAAUGUAUACUGGUUUAUUUUGGUGUUGUUCUAGUACUUGUAAAAUUAAGACUCCUUUGUUUAUUUGAGCUUUUGCACUUCUAA